AUGGCGACUACACCCGCACAAUCUACCUCAGAUACCGCCACAGGCACGGUCGCAACAGUCGAUCAAGUUGGCAUACCUCAGUCCGACCACGAUGAUCUUGGCAAGGGCGAGUCUGGGAACCAAACCAGUUUGUCACCACAAGGCUCUGAGAAUGAGCGCUUGGAUGACGCCAAGGAGCCUGCUGUCACAGAAACCGUGGAUCCCUCUGGCUCUACCGAUUCUACUGCAAAGGUCGAUGCAUCGUCUUCUUCCCCCGCCGCUCCGCCACACGACGAACCUGAAUCAGACAGCACAGAGGCCAGCAAGGAGCCUACUGCGGAGGAUGAUGCCACUUCGUCACAACCUCCAGGCGACUCGCAACCGCAACCGCAGCCGCAACUACCCAAUGAACCCCUCCCAGAAGCUGAAGACGAUGGCUGGACCUAUCAAUGGGACCCAACGCACCAAGCAUACUACUUCCUCAAUCGAUUUACUGGCCAAACCACCUGGGAAAAUCCUCGUCAGACCGUAGCCGUAGCCUCUUCCUCGACUGCUGAUACGACGCCAGCCCCUCCGCCCCUGCCUACUGUUGCCGGAGGGUACAACCCAGCCAUACACGGAGACUAUGACAACUGGGUUGCAGAACAAAAAAAGGCAGGCCAGCUGCCGGGGGAUGACGAUGCUGCCGAAAAUGUGCACUUGUCUGAUCCGGCAGCGGCAGCACUGUAUGCUUCUGGCGCUCAGUUCAACCGCUUGACAGGCCAGUACCAACGACCAGACGUUGGUCCUGAGAAUCACAGCGAUGAUGCCAAGUCACGGCGACAGAUGAGUGCCUUUUUUGACGUUGAUGCAGCGGCAAAUUCACACGAUGGCCGCAGCCUGAAGGCUGAAAGAGCUGGGAAGCGUCUGACUAAAGGCGAGCUGAAGCACUUCAAGGAGAAGAGGAAAGCCAGGAAAGAAGAGAAGCGGAGGGCUUGGUUGCGUGAUUGA